UUGGACCACUCAGCCUCACAAAACCAACAUGCUCAUGACACUGUUAAGAAAUAUGUCCAACAGUUCUUGUCUGAGUCAUCGAGGUCGUCGUCGCAUUCGUUCGAGUCCUAUAAACUGGAGGUAACCACCUCCGUCAGCACAACAAGUCAUGCUGGUAAGGUCUUCCACCGUCGACGUUCGCCAAAAACAAGUGAAGGAGGGCAAAUCUGUUGCGAUCUGCUCUCGGUUCAUGCCAGCCGAAGCCAGGAGACCCGAGAGGCUCGUUAGACUUGCCCGAAGGCAAAACGAGACUUGUGCAGGACAGACUAGCCCGGAGGCCACCAGAGUCAAGACUGCAGGUCGCAACUGGAGUGUGUGUGAUCUGCCCUCAGUUCCUUGCCAGCCGAAGCUGGGGGAUCCGAGAGGCUCGUUAGGCUUGCCCGAGGGCAAAACGAGGCUUGUGCAGGACAGACUGGCCCGGAGGCCACCAGAGUCAAAACUGCCAGAUCAAAUAGGGAGUAGAGAGCAAAAGGUGGAGAGCAGAAGUGUACUAGCGCACCAACUCCCCGGGUAUACCGUGGGCAACCGUGGGCUACUCGGAGACGGGUGGGAAGAAGGACACUUGGUGACAAUGGAAGGGAACAGGCAGGAUGACAUGUUCAAAGACAAGACGAAGGCGAAGACGUGUGGGAGGGAAGAGAUGAGGAGGAGGAAAGAAGAGAAGAGGAACGAGGCAGGCAGAAGCAGGCUUAAUAUACCCCAGAGGCGGUGACAAUCUGCCGUGCUGCUGGAAGUGAAUUCGAAGGCACCGAGGUGACUACAGGCAGACAUCUAGGCGUUGCGGCAGACCUUGGUACCAACCUCCAAGAACCGCGGGAAGAUUGCAUCUCUUAUUAUUUAUAGAGCUAAAGGAUGGAUGCCUACGUGAAGUAUAAACU